AUGGAAGAAGCAUUUUCCCGUCUCAACGGCCCCAUAUUAUCCCACUCUUCCGAACCAUCCGACCCCAUCAAUACCACCACCACCACCUCCGACCACAACCACAAGAAGUACAACAACAACAACAACAACUCCACAAACACCACCACCAACAACAACAACAACAACAACAAGCGGUCUCUGAGGGAAAGCACAGCCGGAGGAGGCUCCGGCGGCGGCGCAAUGCGGUACCGAGGAGUACGUCGCCGGCCGUGGGGCCGCUACGCCGCCGAGAUUCGUGACCCGCAGUCGAAGGAGCGGCGGUGGCUUGGGACGUUCGACACGGCGGAGGAGGCCGCCUGCGCCUACGACUGCGCCGCCCGAGCCAUGCGCGGCAUCAAGGCCCGCACCAACUUCGUCUACCCGGCUUCUCCGCCUCCUUCCGCCGUCGUCAUCGCCGACCAUCUCACCACUCUCCCUCCUUUCGCCUUCACCAAACAAUCUCAGCCGUCCAUUAAAAGCUUCACUACUUCUAGCACUUCCGUUAAUCCCUCCGCAAACUGGUCACGCUUUUCACACAGUACUUCUAAUGAUCAUCGUCUACCGCAGAGAAACAUGCUGCUUCUCCGCGACUUCAUAGCUCCAUCUUCUAACCCUAACCCUAACCCUAAUCCAUCUUUUUUCUCUCCUCAGACGCUUUAUAGUGCUGAUUAUAACCAGUUCUCUCACAAUACAAACGGCUCUUCUUCUAUCUCUACUACUACUAGUAGUAGUAUUAGUACUACUAAUCUUCAAAAUCUUGACCAGGUUAACACAAAAACAACCGUCAUUACUACUGCUCAACCAGAUGAUGAAGAUUGCUCGGAGUUCUUUCCGAAAGAGCCGUCGGAUUCUGGGCUUUUGGAAGAGGUCAUUCAGCGUUUCUUCCCAAAGCCCUCGUCGAAGAAGAAAUGUGAGUCAUCCAUGGAGAGCUCUACCAUUACUAGUAGUACUAGUAUUAAUCCCGCAGUGAGCUCCUCAUCUUAUGAUCAUGAUCAUGAUCGGAUCAAUAUGUCUGCAAUUCAAUCAAUGUGGAUGAAGAACAAUGAGCACGAUGAUCAUCUGGGUAAUUCGUGCUUCGAUUAUCAAGGCCAAGGCCAUGUUUCGCAGUCUGCACAGUUUGGGAACCUGAAUAACAUUGGAAUGAAUCAUCAAUACGUGUCGUCGCAGGCGGUGGUUCCUUUCAGUACUAAUGAUCAUCACAAUCACUUGCCAAUGAACUUCCACCAGUUUGCUGCUUCUGCUGCUCAGGACUCGAUGUUGUUGGAUGAGAUCUUCCAGUUCCCAGAGUUCGUGAGCGCCUUUGCUGCCAGGAUACAGAAUGCCUAG